AUGGCGGCACGGCAAGCGAUGAGGUGCCACUACGAGGUUCUGGGGGUCGAGCGCACGGCCACCGCUGACGAACUGAAGACGGCCUAUCGAAAAUUGGCGCUCAAAUGGCAUCCGGACAAGAUCAUGGAUCAGCAAGAGGAGGCCCAUCGCAAGUUCCAAGAGAUCCAGGGCGCGUAUGCUGUGCUCAACGAUCCGCAGGAGCGCUCCUGGUACGAUUCGCAUCGAGAAUCGAUUUUGCGCGGCGGCGAUGGCACUAUGGAGGGCGAGGGCGCCAUGCACCACGAGGGUGUGAACAUAUGGCCCUACUUCAACGCCAGCUGCUUCCGCGGUUUUGGAGAUGACGAGGAUGGCUUCUACGGGGUCUACGGCCGCCUGUUCACCACCCUCGAUGAAGAGGAGGACACCUACGCGCCACCGAAGGCAGAAGGCGGCUCCAAGAGCGAGAAGGCUCCCGCCUUUGGCACUUCCAAGUCCGAAUGGGCCGAUGUCCACCGAUUCUACUCGUACUGGGAGGCCUUCUUCACCCGCAAGACCUUUGCCUGGUGCGACCGCUACAACACCACCCAGGCCGAUGGCCGGCGGAUGAAGCGAGCGAUGGAAAAGGAGAACAAGAAGGAGCGGGACAAGGCCAAGCGUGCCUUCAACGACAACGUGAAGCACCUGGUGGACUACAUCAAGAAGCGCGAUAGGCGAGUGAGCGAGCACAUGAAGGAGGUGGUGCGGCGCAAGCAGGAGGAGGCCGAGCGAGCGGCCGAGCGAAAGAGGGAGCAGGAGCGCGAGAAGCAGGAGCGCAUGAAGCGACUACAGGCAGAGCUCGCGGCCCAGGAAGAGGAGAACGGCGUUGGCGACGAGGACGAUGCCCUGCUCGAAGAGACCCUACGCGAGUUCGAGGGAGGCGAGGACGAGGACGAAUCAAAUCGACACAUCUUCUGUGCCUACUGCAACAAGAACUUCAAGUCCGAUAAGGCGUGGCAGAACCACGAGAAGUCCAAGAAGCAUCUUCAGAGCGUGCAGGCCUUCGCCGAUCAACUGAUGGAGGAAGACCUGGCCGCCGAAGAAGGAGAAACAGGAAAUGGAGAUGAGGAGGUGGCGGAGGAGGCCGAGGAAGCGGUGGUGGAGGAGGCCGGCGAGACAGAAGAUGCCGAUGCUCAGGAAGACGCUGAGCCAGAGGCGGGCGAAGACGAGAACAAGGAGGAAGAAGAGGAGGACGAAGAAGAGGAGGAAGAGGAGGAAGUGGCGGUUGCAGCCACCUCGCGAUUCGACGUGCUCCUCGAGGACGAGGACGGCGGUGAGGCCGCGGGGGAAGAGGAGGAGGAGCCGCAGCAGAAGAAGGGACGGAAGGGACGCAAGAAAGGAGCAGCCAAGCCGCCCGUCGCCACGGCCGUCGUCAACAAGAAGAACAACAAGAAGAAGAGCAACAAGAGUGUGGAUGACGACGAUGAGGAAGACGCCGUGGACGAGACUGCACCAUCUAAUGAAGGAGCCGAUGAAGAUGCCGACGUCAAACAAGAAGAUGAAGAGGAGGAGGAGGAGGACCUGGACGCGUUGAGCCGAGGGCGGAAGAGCAGGAAGGAGCGACGCCAGGAGCGGGAGCAGAUCAUCACCGCGCAGGCCGGGCGAGGCGGCAAGAAGGCCGGACGACGCGCCAACAACAAGAAGGCCAAUAAGCCCGCGGCCGACAGCGAAGACGCCACCGAUGACAGCGCGACGACGAAGCCGGCCCCGGCACUCACCAAUGCCAAGAAGAAGAAGAUGAUGAAGAAGGCCGCCGCUACCGCGACCGCGGCUGUUGCUCGAGACGACGAUGACGACGAUGAAGACAUCAACACGCGAGGAGCGCGACGAGGCGGCGCCAAGGGCAAGGCCGCCGCCAAGGGUCGAGGGCGGAAAGCGGCGGCGGCCGAGGAGGACGAGGAGCGAUGCGGGGUGUGCGGCGAGGAGUUCCCCACCCGCAACAAGCUCUUCCAGCACAUCAAGGCCAAAGGCCACGCCCAGCUCAAGUGA